CGUGCUCGGUGAUAGUCUCUCUACCCUUCCGCCGUCCCCUCGCGCCUACGACCAGUUAAAGAACCUCCUCGCGCUCGGGAACUAGCGCCAGAAUUUUUGGAAGGAGGAGGAGGAGGAGAGGACGGAGAGACACCAGCCGCGCUGCUCCACCACCACCACCACCACCAUGCAGAUACUCGGGCUCCCCUUUCUCCCGGUUUGGCUCCUUCUGGGCCACUACGGCGCUCUCGGCGGAAAAGUCAACAAGCACAAGCCGUGGAUAGAAACGUCUUACCACGGCGUCAUCACGGAGAACAUGGACACGGUGCUGCUGGACCCGCCGCUGGUAGCCCUGGACAAGGACGCGCCGGUCCCCUAUGCUGGGGAGAUUUGUGCCUUUAAGAUCUACGGUGAGGAGGCUCCGUUUGACGCUGUGGUGUUGAAUCGCACAUCAGGAGAGGGGAUCCUGCAGGCCAGUGGCCCUGUGGACUGUGAGAGCCAGAAGGAAUACACCUUCAUAAUCCAGGCCUACGACUGUGGGGCCGGACCCUCCGGGGCCGACUGGAAGAAAUCCCACAAGGCGGUGGUUCACAUUCAGGUUGAUGAUGUCAAUGAGUUUUGCCCCGUAUUUCGGGAACCCCUUUACAAGGCAUCGGUAACUGAGGGCAAAAUCUACGACAGCAUUUUGCAGGUGGAAGCUUGGGACCAAGACUGUUCACCACAGUACAGCCAGAUCUGCAACUAUGAGAUUGUGACUGCCGGGACUCCAUUUGCAAUAGACCGCAAUGGAAACAUCAGAAACACGGAGCGGCUGAGCUAUGACAAGCAGCAGAGCUACAAGAUUAUGGUGACGGCCUUUGACUGUGGUCAGAAGAGAGCAAAGGAGGAUGUGGCUGUGCAUAUUGAUGUCAAGCCUGUCUGCAAACCCGGAUGGCAAGGUUGGAGCAAGCGGGUGGACUAUGAGCCAGGGACGGGAAGCAGGCCGCUGUUUCCCAAGAUGCGCAUUGAAACGUGUGGAGGUCCUCUGUCUGGCGUGAAGGUGAUGUUAGAACUACAGACCAAUCACAUUGGGAAGGGCUGUGAUCGGGAAACGUACUCUGAGAAGUCUCUGCAAAAACUCUGUGGUGCAGCAUCAGGCAGCACUGACCUCCUUCCUGGCCCCAGCCCCGCCACAAACUGGACGGCGUCUCUGCUGACAGACAGCAGCCGCGACAGCGACCUCAUCUACAGAUUUGACGGUCAUCAGGCUGCUAAUGUUCCCGAUCACGUGGUGCCCCAGAACCUGACAGACCAGUUCACCAUAGCAACAUGGAUGAAACACGGGCCCAGUCCGGGACUCAGAGCCGAGAAGGAAACCUUACUGUGUAACUCUGACAAAACUGAGAUGAACCGUCACCAUUACUCGCUGUAUGUCCACAACUGCCGCCUGGUGUUCCUGCUGAGAAGAGAUUUCACUCAGGUCGACACGUUCAGACCUGCCGAGUUCCACUGGAAACUGGAGCAGAUCUGUGACAAGGAAUGGCACUAUUAUGUCAUCAAUGCAGAAUUUCCUGCAGUGACGCUAUUUGUGGACGGGGUGACCUAUGAACCCUACCUGGUGACCGAUGACUGGCCCAUCCACACCGCAAAGAUUGAUACGCAGUUGACUGUGGGAGCCUGCUGGCAAGGUGGGGAAGUUGGCGCCCCGAGGUUCACCCAGUAUUUCCACGGCAGCCUGUCAGGUCUGACAAUCCGACCGGGCCGCAUUGAAACCCAGAAGGUUAUUUCCUGUUUGCAGGCCUGCAAAGAAGGCCUCGAUAUCAACUCCCUUGAAAGCCUCGCCAAGGAUAUCAAGUUCCAUUUUAACCCCGCCCAGUCUUUGCUGGUGGUGGAAGGAGAAGAUCUGGACAGCAUCAACACUGCCAUGUCAAAGGUCUCGUACAUCAACUCUCGCCAGUUUCCCACGGCGGGCCUCCGACGGCUUCACGUCACCACCACCGUACAGUGUUUCGGCGAGGACACCUGUCUCUCCAUCCCAGAAAUCAAGUCGGUGGUCAUGGUCCUGCCGCCCAGUGAACCCAGAAUCACCAUCGCAGGAUCUAAUCGCCUCGUCAGACCUGCCAAUGACCUGCGGGGCCCUCUGGGUGUGGUCCUCUUCAAAGAGCUUCACAUCACCAGCACAGUGAUGAAGGGAGACAGCUUUGGUGGAUCCCACAGACAAGGUGUGACGGAGGUGAUGCAUAACCUGGACUACUGCGAUGUGCUGGUAAUCGGGGAAGAGCUGAAUCCUGAGAGAGAGAGCUUGGAGAUUCAUCACAAUGCCUUGUUGGGAAAACACCUGGAUGCCACCAACUCCACCUCUGGAAUAUCAAUAUACGGGGUGGACUGCAUGGCCCACUAUGAGCAGGCGCUGAGGCAGGUGCGCUACAGGAACUGGCGACCAGCCGCGCUGAGCGAGAGAAAGUUCAGACUCACCUGCUCUGAGCUCAACGGACGCUACACCAGCAAUGGGUUCAAUCUGGAGGUUGGUGUUCUUCAUCACUCGGCCCCUGUGGAACAUGUCAAUCAUAUGGCUGCCCAACCUCAGUACAUGAGACCUGUGCACCGCCCGCUCAUGAUACACACGCUCAACUCACACAUGUCAGCAGCACCUCCAGUAGCCACCGUCGUCAUAGUGGUCUGCAUUGCCGCCCUGGUGGUGAUUGUGGUCAUUGGCGUGUACAGGAUCCACGCCACUCAUCAGGAAGGGUCCAGAGAAGAUGAGGAGGACGUUAAAGACACAGAGGAAGACUGGGACAACUCUGCUCUCAACAUCACUGUCAACCCCAUGGAGAACGUUGGGGGAGCUCAGGUGCAUGAUGAUGAUGAGGAGGUAAAAGAAGACCUCGAGGAGGAGGAGGAGGAGGAGGAGGAGGAAGAAGAAGAGGAUGAGGAGCAGGUGGGAGGAGUGACCAGUGAUACAGAUGAUGCAGAUGAAGAGGGCGCAGAGCAAGAGAGAGAAGACGUGAGUGAGAGAAAGCAGAAGAAAAAAAUAGAUUGGGACAGAACCUCCAAAACUUACUGAGCGGACAUAUAGACAGAAACCUGCACACACAGACAUUCUUUACAUAUACGUCUUUCUCUCUCUGUUUCUAUCUAUCAACCACUCACACACACACACACACACACACACACCGAAAAAACAAACAAAUCAGAAAUCUCUGAUCAAAAUAUUUACAAUCUGUUGCUGUAAAAAACACUUUGAAUCUUCCCUGGUUUUUGUUUUUAAUGACACGUCUCCCUCUGCUGGAUGAAGUCAGACCGACAGAAACAGUCCCACAGUGGUGGAAGACAUUGUCUGCAUGAGUAUGUUGUUACUCACAUGGCAGUCAGUGAGGUUAAAUAUAGGAUGAAUAUCAAACUAGAACAGGUUUCUGAUUAUAUGUUCACAUUUAAGCGAUGAAAUUAUUAUUUAGGUUUCAAACAGAUUGUCUGCAAGAUGGUGAGUUAUUCAUAAAUAUAUUUAUUUGUUAAUGUAUCCAUUAACUUUAAAAAUUAUUUUGGCCUUUAUAGUAGGUAUAACAUAGCCGUAUUGUCACUCAGUGUAAAUAUCCUCUGUUGUAAUAUUUAACUCAAAUCUCUCCCUUUGUGUGAUCAGUGCUGAGUUCUGUGGCCUCGACACUAAAGAGAAACAAAAUAAAACCGUAACCUUAUUUCCAAAUAAUAAUAUAAUCUAACCUUUAGUUUCUAUAAAGGAUCUGCUCCAUCAGCAAAUCAGCUCAUGAAAAAAGUAGUAACAUUGUUAUUGUCAAUUGUAGUAAAACUAAAACAUUUGGUUUGUUUACAUCUGCCUGUGUACCAAAUCUAUUAAUACUGUGGCCUAUUGUAGCUUCUACUGUCCAGGCUUAGACCAGUUCUUUCUUUUUUCAUUAUACACAGAUGUUAUGGUAUGCUACUGAUGUUAUGUCUUUCUGUGUUGUUAAUUCAAUAGUAAAAGGAUCCCUCUAUGCAAUUAUGGGCCCAGUAUAAAGGACCAGUACACAGAAACAGGGGUACUCAAUUUAGAUUUCCGCUCAUGUAUUGCUAAGGACAAAAUUGGAACAUUGUUAGAGUUGAUCCAUAUCAGUAAUAUUCAAUAUCUUAAUUAAGACUCGUUUGCAAUAGAUUCUGGGCAAAUGUGUGUAACAAUUCAAACAACUUACUGAAAACUCUCUUAUGACUAAAUGACCGUUUAUAUAAAACUGUCAUGAGUUGUACUAAUCUAGGAGCAAAACACCAUAACCAUGUACAAUAUCGUCAUGAAACCAGGAUAAAAGUAAGACACGUCCAAACUCAAAUAUCCCAGAUUCUGUCAUUGAGGUCGGAUUCUCAGACUUGAUGGAAAGUGAAGUGCUCCUUUUACAAGGUGACCAGUCAGGUGUUUAUAUGAUGGAGUGCCCCUUUAUUGUUAUAACAGAUUAUAACACGGGUAGAUUAAAUCACUCUGCACUCAAAGUAACCGGUUAGAUUUUGCCCGACCAUUAGUUGACAGCUCAGUGGCGAUCACUGGAAUAAAACUGAUCGUUUUGAGGCAAUGCGAGCUUUCGCAACCGGACAAUUAAGGUGGACGUCAUGAGCGAGCCUCUCGUACCUUAUUGCUUUAUUAAAUGACAUCGCUCCGACAAAGUUUGAUUCUGACGAGUUUGUCUACAAUCUAAUGAUGAUCUCUUCUGGCCUGUUGAUGGCUACUAGAUCCGUCUCCCUCUGAAACUGAUACGUCUCCUGUACCCCCCCCCCCCCCCCCCCCCGCCUCUAUGUUGGCCUUUAGGAACCUGUGAUUGUGAUGUCAUCAUUGUAAAACAAUUUCUUUGUUUUGCUCGUCCCCCUUCGUCAUACUGUGCUUCUUGAAUAUCAAAGUGAAAAAGAUUGUUUUACAUAAAAAAACAAACCCUGUAAAAAUGUUUAAGACAGUUAUUUUAUAUGUAUCUUUUUCUUUUUGUAAACUAAAUGGUUGGGAUUUCUCUCUCUUUAGUGGUCAUCCCGCUGCUUUCUGUAUAUUGACCAAUAAAGACUUGUUUUAGACUCUU